GGGCUAUCUGGGGUUGGGCUGCAGCCCGCUGUGCUAGGCCGGAAGGGCUGUCGCCGUGGGUGGCCCCGAUUGUGUGGCUGACCGAGAGCGAAGGAGACCUUCGCUGCCCUCUGAGCACGGUCGCCCCUUCCUCCAGAGCUCAGCGGGCACCGACGCCAGGAGGACCCCUCCCCCUUCCGGCGUCCAUGGCGCAGUUCGUGUUCGAGAGUGACCUGCACUCGCUUCUGCAGCUGGACGCACCCAUCCCCAAUGCGCCCCCUGCGCGCUGGCAGCGCAAGGCCAAGGAGGCCGCAGGCCCGGCCCCCUCGCCCAUGCGGGCCGCCAACCGAUCUCACAGCGCCGGCAGGACUCCGGGCCGAACUCCCGGCAAAUCCAGCUCCAAAGUUCAGACCACUCCUAGCAAGCCUGGCGGCGACCGCUAUAUCCCCCAUCGCAGCGCUUCUCAGAUGGAGGUGGCCAGCUUCCUUCUAAGCAAGGAGAAUCAGCCGGAAGACAACCAGACGCCCACCAAGAAGGAACAUCAGAAAGCCUGGGCUUUGAAUCUGAACGGUUUUGAUGUGGAGGAAGCCAAGAUCCUUCGGCUCAGUGGAAAACCACAAAAUGCCCCAGAGGGUUACCAGAACAGACUGAAAGUACUCUAUAGCCAGAAGGCCACACCUGGCUCCAGCCGAAAGACCUGCCGUUACAUUCCCUCCCUGCCAGACCGGAUCCUGGAUGCCCCUGAAAUCCGAAAUGACUACUACUUGAACCUUGUGGAUUGGAGCUCUGGGAACGUACUGGCUGUGGCACUGGAUAACAGCGUGUACCUGUGGAGUGCUGGCUCUGGUGACAUCCUUCAGUUGUUGCAAAUGGAGCAGCCUGGGGAAUAUGUAUCCUCUGUGGCCUGGAUCAAAGAGGGCAACUACUUGGCUGUGGGCACCAGCAGUGCUGAGGUGCAGCUAUGGGAUGUGCAACAGCAGAAACGGCUUCGAAAUAUGACCAGUCACUCUGCUCGAGUAGGUUCCCUAAGUUGGAACAGCUAUAUCCUUUCCAGUGGCUCACGCGCCGGCCAUAUCCACCACCAUGAUGUUCGGGUAGCAGAACACCAUGUGGCCACACUGAGUGGCCACAGCCAGGAAGUGUGUGGACUGCGUUGGGCCCCAGAUGGACGACAUUUGGCCAGUGGUGGCAAUGAUAACUUGGUCAAUGUGUGGCCUAGUGCUCCAGGAGAGGGUGGCUGGGUUCCUCUGCAAACAUUCACUCAGCAUCAAGGGGCUGUCAAGGCUGUAGCUUGGUGUCCCUGGCAGUCCAAUGUCCUGGCAACAGGAGGGGGCACCAGUGAUCGACACAUUCGCAUAUGGAACGUCUGCUCUGGGGCCUGUCUGAGUGCUGUGGAUACCCAUUCCCAGGUGUGCUCCAUUCUCUGGUCUCCCCACUACAAGGAGCUCAUUUCAGGCCAUGGCUUUGCCCAGAACCAGCUGGUUAUUUGGAAGUACCCAACUAUGGCCAAGGUGGCUGAGCUCAAAGGUCACACAUCCCGGGUCCUGAGUCUGACCAUGAGCCCAGAUGGAGCCACAGUGGCAUCAGCAGCAGCAGAUGAGACCUUGAGGCUAUGGCGCUGUUUUGAGUUGGACCCUGCACGGCGGCGGGAGCGGGAGAAGGCUAGUGCGGCCAAAAGCAGCCUCAUCCACCAAGGCAUUCGUUGAAGACCAACCUAUCACCUCAGUUCUUUUUUAUUUUUCUAAUAAAGUCAUGUCCCCUUUC